AUGGAAGAUCAAAUCGUUACAAAUCAGCUCUCGAUUCAGGAGAUAGCAGUCACAGGAAAGUCGUGCGAAGAACACCGAGUUGACGACGCGCAAAGAGACGAUAACAUUCCACUAAGUACAUCUCCAUCGAGAAAACCUCUUGGAAACGAACAGUGGGUCUCCCAAGCGGCAGAGGUACCGUGGUCCCGCUCAGAUUUCAUAAGAAUUUAUAAUGAAUGUUCGGAAUUGGAAUCGCCGCUAAAGGGGACACCCUGGGAAGAUGCCGGAUGGAACCCUAUUGCAUCAAGAAGAAAUCGAAAACCAAGGCGCGAGAAAAGUAAACAAGAAGAAGAAUGCGUUGCAUUUUGGUUGAAAUUUUUUGGCUAA